UACCGAACACGAGGGUUGAACUUGACGGAGAAAGGAAACAAAAUAGAAAAAGAGAGAAUAACAAUAGUAAAAAGGGGAAAAAUUGGCAUCAGCCUUAGCCUUGUAGAUCCGCUCGCUCGCUCGCUUUUCGGUUCCGCCAUCCAUUGAACAAUACUCUUCUUCUCAGGUUGUGAUUUGAAUGGAGGGAACUGAAGGCGGCAGUGCCUCCGCUGCUUCACCGGUCAACCAAUAUUGGCAGCAAUGUUCUAAGCUCUUUCAAUAUUAUCUGGAUAAAUCUACUCCUCAUACUACUUAUAGAUGGAUUGGAACUCUGGUUUUGGCAUCCAUCUAUGCUUUGAGGGUUUUCUAUGUCCAUGGGUUUUACAUUGUGUCUUAUGGGCUCGGAAUCUACCUCCUCAAUCUCUUGAUUGGCUUUCUCUCCCCUUUGGUUGAUCCUGACAUGGAACCUUCCAAUGGACCUUUGCUUCCAACCAAAGGCUCUGAUGAGUUCAAACCCUUCAUUCGCAGACUUCCUGAGUUUAAGUUCUGGUAUUCUUUCACAAAGGCUUUCUGCAUUGCAUUUGUGAUGACCUUCUUGUCCGUAUUUGAUGUUCCUGUCUUUUGGCCUAUAUUACUUUGUUAUUGGAUUGUUCUCUUUGCCCUUACAAUGAGGCGCCAAAUUGCACACAUGAUCAAAUACAAAUAUAUCCCAUUCAACCUUGGAAAGCAGAAGUAUGGCGGUAAGAAAUCUUCUGCAAGUAGCAGUGGCUCUCGUGCAGACUAAAACUUGCCUGCGAGAUGUGUAGAACACGGAUCUACUUAAUGAAGGACAAGUUAGGUUUUGUGAACAUUCAGGGUAGUUAAUUUUCGCCCUUUUUUUUGAAGGAAUUUGUAUUCAGAUUAUUAUGAAUGCUAGUAUGCAGUUACAGAAAAUCUUAGUGUUCACUCGUUUUAUUAUACCAGAAGACGUGCUACUAUUGGCAGUGAACUUCAUUGUUGAUACACAUUGGUAUUGAGUUCAGUUUUUUAUUUUCUUGUAAAGCUCUGCUUGUAUUGUGAGUUUGUGAUGCUGUAAUCUUACCUUGACUGGUGCUCUCUACCACAAUA